AUGUGCAACAGGCCUAUUUUCAAUGUAUUUGAUUGCCUGACCCGUCUGCGUCAUUUUCCCGGUACCGAUUCACAGAAUAUUAUCUGCCCUGCGAGUGCUGACGUGUCGCACACAGACACCGCUUGGGAUGUUGGAAGUGCACUUCCUGUUCCCACUGUUGCCUUUGAGUUGGUUCAACUGGACAAUGGGUGUAUCGUGCUGCUUAUAGUAUUGUCUGGACAUCACAUCUCAAUGCAGUCGUGCUGUGAAGAGAAGAUUGCAAGCAAUAGAUGUGUCAGUGGCAGCGGCAGAGGAAAUCGUGUGAAUGCAGGUGCUGUGGAUGGAAAAACCACAAAACUUCGGGACUCCAUUCAUAAGCAGUGUACCACUGAAAAGAAGAACGUUAGCCGUAUUGUUACCUCUCCAAAGUCAUCGGGAUCCAUGGCCGCGACGAAACGGACCUCCAUUGUCAUCACUCCUAUUUCUACGCCCGAGUUUUUCCGCAGCAUUAGCGGUCAAGUGGGACUGUCCGGCAUGAACCCCACAACCAGUGGUGCUCCAAAGGCUCUACCGAAGAGACCACUACCGUUGUCACAUCCAAUAUCACCGCUAUACCCGCAACCUCGCCUACGCGCAAGCACACAAGCACAUAAAGUUUCUAAGAACUCGUUGGCAUGCAGCGUCCUGCACCCUCGCCCCCAGACGAUUUUAAGAAAUAACAAGAAGGUCGACUCAUCCUCCACCCAUGUUAAGGUCAAUCUAGGGAAAUCCCACAUUACUAUUAAUACCCGUCAACCAAGGCGUGCAACAACUGCUAACGUAACAUCCACAAGCCACAAGUUCACCCACAGCUCCCCACAGUUGGAUGUACCUCCUGAGAGAAUAACCGCUCCAUGGUCGCCCUCCUUGCCAGACGCCACUAUCAACAACAAGACACUUGGCGGUCAUUGCAAUGCAUUCCGUUCAGAGUGCCGCGCACUUCCAAAGACGCAAAAUCAACGAGUGACCACCUUACCUGUUAAAAGAAAGGCAAAACUGACACCACGAAGAACAAUGAAGCAAACUCAUACACUCCAAGGUCUCCACCAUGACGAAGAACAGGACUAUCCACUCUUGACGUAUAUUUGCAAGCAAUUAGAGCAGCCUGAACACAUGCCUCUAGCUUCGUGGCAGGGACCUAGAGGAAUGUGUUGUAUUCAGCAGGAGCAGAAACAGCUUCAGUAUCCUUUGCGAGGGUACUUAAAUGUGCUGCUCUCCAUCGAUGAACUGAAUCGCGUCUUCUGCAGCUUCAGCUGUCGCGAUUUCAAUAAACACGAGUGGAGCCAGUGGAGGUUUUGCUACUAA